AUGUCUAUGAAUCGCUCAAUGAAUGCCAGGAGUUGGACAAAGCUAACUUUAACCGAGUUGAAGGACUUGUGUGCAGCUUGUGGCCUCUCUGUGGAGGGUAAUAAGGAAGAGCUAGGCGAAAGACUACAAGCCUAUUUUGACAAAAGGAGGGAUAAAGAACCAGAGCCGCAGCCGAGAGAAAAUAAUAAAGGUCGAGAGUCGGGGGUCAGAGAUCCCAGAGAUAAGACAGGAGAAGCAGUAGAUGUGAAUUUGGAUGCAGAUGGAGGUGAAUCCCAGGAAGUAGAUAAUGGAAUUAGAGAGGAAUUCGAAGCACAUUUUAAAGGAAAAGAAAAAAUAAAAUUAGUUCCUGUCGACGUUUUUCUGACUGCGUUAAGUAGCAUCAAGAGAAAGAUGGAUAGAAGCUUCUCUGCGUUGUAUAGGGAGAUUGAAGAUGGAGAUGGGUUAGAUGAGGCGUGGCUGAAGGUAAAAUUUUCGAGAGCACGUGACCAGUACGAGUAUAAAUUUUUGACGAAAAUUGGUAGAUGUUUGGAUAAGGCAAUUAGGAUAUUGCUGGAUUCUACUAGAAAAGAAUUUGUUGGUGUACGUGAUGAAGUUAAAGCAAGGGCUGUUACAUUAAGACUAGCAGAUAACAAAGGGUGGAGUACUACUCUGCAGAUAGUAGGGAGUAAUGAUAAGAUAAUGGAUAAAUAUAAGGACCGUAUACCAUUAUUUGGCCAGGCAGGGCAAACUCCAUGUUCGUAUAGCUGGAGGUACAGGAGAAGGGCUCGUAGGUAUCAGCAAAAGAGAAGGAGAGAAUCACCUACUUCAUCGGAUUUGGAAAGGGAUUAUUAUGAGAGGAGUAAGAAAAAGGAGAGAAAAAUUUUAUCCUUUCAGGCCAGAAAUUUCUAUGGCUACUCAGAUCGACAAGGAACAAUUACCU